AUGGAAAUUCAGAACAUUUCAUGGAGGCACUCAAAUUACACUGUCAUACACCCGACAACAUUACUGGAUCAUUGGAGGAAGAUCAGCGAUUACGCUGGUCCCAUUACCAUAAAAACUUGGAAGGGUAGAGGAGCAAAGACCUACAAGGCCUGGAUUUGCGUAUUUGUGUGCCUCGCAACCUCCGCAAUACACAUUGAAGUGGUAGGUGAUUAUUCAGCAAAGAGAUUCGGAGCUGACAAGGAAUUGAAAAAACUUUUCAUUCAACGCACGAAGGAACACCACCACAUCACAACCACACUCAUGAAUGACCAUGCGCAGUGGGAAUUUAAUCCACCUGCUGCCCCCCACAUGGGAGGAAAAUGGGAAGCCGCAGUGAAGUCCGUCAAGUUCCAUAUCAAUCGAACAACAAGAGACGCAUCAGUCACCAUUGAAGAAAUUAACACACUGCUAACCCAGAUAGAGGCCAUCCUGAACUCACGCCCAAUACAACCAUUGAUGGACGACCCUAAUGACUGCUCUGCACUUACUCCAGGUCACUUCCUCAUAGGAGAACCUCUCAACACGCUUCCUGACCCUUCCGCAAGUGAUCCCAACGCGUCAAUGAUAUCAAGGUGGCAAUUUAUUCAAAAACGAGUCCAACGAUACUGGAAGCAAUGGAGAAAACAUUACCUACAGCAAUUCCUCUCAACCUUCAAGUGGCAUCACCCAAGCAACACGAUCAAGGUCGGAUCUCUAGUCCUCAUCACAGAUCAACGACAACCACAAUGCAAGUGGCCACUCGCGAGAGUCAUGAAACUGCACCCAGGAAAGGAUGGACUAACUAGAGUAGUAACAUUAAAAACCACAUCCUCGAUAAUCUCUAGACCAAUUCACAUUCUUGCACCUCUGCCAGUUCCCAUCGAAGAUACAGAUAUUAAUCAUCAAUGA